CAACAUUUACUAUUUGAAUACGACGUUUUGCUGGUAAUUAUAUCCAGCAUCAUCGGGUGGUGGAGGCUUACGACACGUUUAUAUUUACGCGAUUUAACCCAAAAAUCUUUAUUAUCAAUAUAAUAUUGGUCGCGAAAGCCUACAUGCUAAACUCUUUUAUUUAUCCUGGAGAAAUCCGAUGAGCUAUGAAGCUCUUUUUCACAUUUGAUGCAAAUCACAAAAAAUAAACACGUAAAAUAAAUUAUAUAAGUUCAAAUUGCAUAAGUACACCAAUCCCGCAACUCCGCUUAGCACGGGUGCUACGUAUGGUGCGAUAGAAGUUCCUACAUACAAUUGGCAAGUUUGGGUAAGGCAGAAAAACGACAGCAAAAACAGUCCCAGACCACACCAAGACAACACACAGCCCCGCAAUAAAAUUGCACAUCAACAUUUAACUAUCGAUACUGGUUUUGGUCGUGAGUGGGAGUUGAUACAUGAGUAAGGUUGAAAGUUACAAAUAACAUUUGCAAAUGCAGUCGUAUCCAGCACUAAUCUUCUGCUUCAGGAUAUAUUUUAAAUGAAGAUUUACGAUGUUAAGGGAGAAACAAGGUUGUUCCAAAACGUUGGUGCUGUAUUGGAAAAGGUUUUGUCAACGUUUCUUGUUCAUGGGGUUAAAAAGCAAAUAAAUGAACGUCUUAGGUUUCUUGGCUUUGACAACGGGAUUAAUAAAUUAGCUAAGUAUAGUUCCGAUUUGCAAAGUAAUAUUUUAUGGAUGAACAGGGUCCAGUGUAUAUUUAUUUUUGCACCACGUGAUGUCAGAUUGGAUUUUGAGUAGGGGUCACAAUGGUGGGUCCUGUAUGGUACAUCCAGUGCAAAUCAAAGAGUAGAAUUAUUUAAGCGGGUUAGUCCGUUUUGUGUUUCAUUAGUAGCUGAUCUAUAAGCAGUGUCGCAGUAGCCAAGCAGUUGUAGAAUUACGGCUUUAAACUAUUUCCAGGUGCAAUGGAAUGAGAAAACAAUGUUUUUGUAUAAAAACCCUAUUUUUAAUUUUCUUUUAAGAUGUGCUGAUUAUGGGAUUGGAAUGUAAGUUUUAAAAUCAAUCCAUAAACCCAUUUAUAUGAAGCACUCUGUUCGUUGAUGUUGUUUCUGAUAUCCGUAAUAGGUGUAGGCAAUUAAAGUGGAGUUUUAUUUGAAGAAAAUAGCAUGAUCUUCUUUUGGGGAUUUAGGAGCAAUUUUAGUGAUGAUGAUACAGCUCGACUUAUGUUGAAGGAAUUUGAAUGAUCAAGUGGUUUUCCUGUAAAAGUGGCUGCUUCUGUGGAUGCUGGAGUUUUCUGCCACAUGUAAAAACAUACUAAAGAAUAAGUAGGCCAAAGAUCAAAAGAAGAACCUCAAAGAAAAAAAAGAUGAUUGAGUCUCAGUGAGGCUGUCCUGUAUAAAUGAGAAAAUGCACUACACAAAAACGGUCAAUGAAAUUCUCGAGUUGAGAGCAUUGACAAUUUUAAAGCAUAUGUUUAUCAGUUGUUUUUGUAGAUGUUUCGAGUUAAUUUAUUUUAAGUAGGUAAGAGCUCUUUGAGAGGCAGCAUCUUUUUAUAUUACAAGUUUAAAUUGCCCGAUGGUACGUAUUUUGGCUAUUGCCUGUAACAUCCAGACAGCACUGCCAGUUAUGUAGUCAUUUGUGGCACGCCAAUGGCUCGUACAAGUACAAAAUCCGUGUCACGUUAAAUAGCCGAGAGCAGAAAAUGUUGACCUUGAAGGCAUUAUCAGCUCAACAGUUUUUUUUUUUCUUUUACGAUGUUGAAUGCACAGGAUAUGCUGAGUGAUGGCACAGUGCGUAGUAUACUAUGCUAUGAUCACGGUAGCCUAAGUUUGAAUCCUGGCCACAGCUAACAUUAGUACCGAGUUAUAUUUGAACCAAUUCUGGCCCCACCCAUUCACCAUCCUGCACUGACCAGUAUGGUGAAGUAUGGUUAAGUAACCUCCGAUGACGGAGAGUUCUUCAUCUAGCAGUGGAUUGACAAAGGGCUGUGAAUUAUUUCAGGAUAUGCUGCGUCUGCAAUGUUGUAUUUAACAGGGGACGGGACACUGCAGUUGUCCGAGGCUGUGAACAGCAUUGUUAAAAAUUGUGAUGGGGAUUCUGAGCAUGGAGAGAAUUGGGUGCAGCCUGUCUGCGCCUUCCUUUAGCCCUGGUUGCCAUCACGCCAGGCAGCACAUUGUCCACAUAGUGUGUGUGUAUUUGAGCAUUGUGGGUGACGAGUUGUGUGGUCUCAGCAGAUGGUGUGCAACAUACUCUUGUAGUCAUCUGCACACUUGCACACACGUACAACUUUGCCAUUUUCCAUUGUUCCUUCUGACCAAGUCUUUGUUUUCAUUAGGCAAAUGUGUUACAUACUGUGUGUGUAACAUGACAAAUAUUUACUAUUUUUUUAGAGAGAUUAAAAAACCCUCUGAAUCAUAAUUAAACCCAAUAGAACAGCUAUCUAUUGCCAGGGAGAUCCUGGAAAAAUUAUUAUGCCAUGAUAAUGUAAGAGUGAAUGAUAAGGUGUGUCUGUAAUCACGUUUUUUUAUUUUUGCAUAAAGGAACAAGAAUAUAUAUUUAAAUGAACUGACCUUCAGGCACAAAGACAUGAAGACAAUGAAUGAACCUGCCUACCUCCUGGUGGGCACAGAUGUGAGUGCCAAGUAUCGGGGGGCCUUUUGCGAGGCCAAAAUCAAAAGUGUAAAGAAGCUGGUCAAAGUAAAGGUCCUGUUCAAGCAAGACUCCUCAUCUCACGUUGUGCAGGACGACCAGAUCAAAGGAUGCCUCCGGAUCGGCGCUGCAGUGGAAAUCAGGAUGUCAGAUGGAACUCUGCAGGAGGGCAUGAUUAGCAAGCUGACAGACGCAAGCUGGUACACAGUUGUUUUUGACGAUGGCGACGAAACUGUGCUGCGACGAUCUUCCUUGCGACUCAAAGGAGAGCGGCACUUUGCCAAGAGCGAGAGCUUGGACCAACUCCCGCUGACACAUCCGGAGCACUUUGGUACGCCAGUCCUUGGAAGAAAAUCCGUUAAGGGCAGGAGGUCGGGUCUGACUGCCGGAGAUGAGAAGGAGGUGGCAGAGUGGAGCGAGGAAGACGAGGCGGAGCGAGUUGUGGCCGACGACGGCACAGUGGGACACGUGGUGUGUGUGGAGAGUAGCGCAGACGACAAGAGGAAGGGCUACCCGCUGUUCCCCGCCCUGGUCGUGUCCCCUGACUGCAACGAUGAAGUCACAGUGAGAAGAGACCAGUGCUUGGUUCGAUCUUUCAAGGACGGAACUUUUCACUGCGUGGCACGGAAGGACAUCCGCGUAAUGGACAGGGAGUCCUUCCCAAAGCCAGAAGCUGCAUUGAAGCAGGCCUUUGAAGAUGCCCUGGGCUUCUUGGAGGGCAAGGAAUCUCCUGCCUCCUGGAAGAAGGAUCUCAGCUCAGUCCACCAGGAUGACUCGGGCAGUGAAAUUGGAGGUGAUGAGCAGACGGUGGAGCAUGAGGAGGAAGAAGAGGCUGACGAUGAAGAGUCUGAUCCUGAAGAAAGGGAUAACUUUCUCCAGCAGCUCUAUCAGUUCAUGGAGAACAGAGGGACUCCCAUCAACAGGCCCCCAGUGCUCUGCUAUAGGAGACUCAACCUGUUCAAGCUGUACAGGCUGGUGCAGAAGAGAGGAGGAUCUACCGGCAUAAAGAGUGGGACCACGUGGAAGCAGGUGUACAAAGAGCUGGGGGUCCCAGUGUUAAACUCUGCUGCUUCACACAACAUCAAGAGCACCUACAGGAAGUACCUCUUCGGCUUUGAGGAGUACUGCCGCUCGGUCCGCAUCCGCUUCCGGAGCGUGGAGUACGCGAUGGAGGCCGAGGGCCGGCAAGUCGGACGGCGCACAGGGAGGAGGAGGGAGGCGCCCGCACCUCAGCCCGACCCCGAGGAGCCAUCGGCGGCAGACGAGGCCCCAAUGUCCGACAAGAGAGAGGCGACGAUGACGAGGAGGAGGACCAAGGCUUCUCCUGCCGCUGUUGCCUCCGAGGAAGAGUGCAGCGACGAAGGCACGGAGAAAAAGGAGGAGGAGGAGAUGGAUGUUGUCAACGCGGCCGCAGUCGAAGAAGAAAGCGACAAGAAGGAGGAAGAGUCGGGCAUCAAGGAGGAGCCCGACGGUCAGAUCGUGGCGGCGGUGGUGGCGGCAGCGGCGCCGAUGGAGGAAAUGGAGGAGAAGCUCGUGGAGGUGGAGGAGAACGAUGAGAGGAUGGAGACGUCCGUGGCAGAGGAGGCGUCCCGCAGCGAGAGCGAUACCAACGUUGCGACCGGCAGGCUGGUCGCCAGAGCGGAGUUUAAUGCGACGCCUCUGCGGGGACGCCGUCGGAGUGGCCGAAUUCCCUCUCCGGGCCUGCCGAAACCGACCGAGACGGCCGAGACGGCCGAGACGGCCGAGACGGCCGAGACGACCGAGACGGCCGAGACGGCCGAGACGGCCGAGACGGCCGAGACGGCCGAGACGGCCGAGACGGCCGAGACGGCCGAGACGGCCGACACGACCGACACGACCCAGACGACCGAGACGACCGAGACCACCCAGACGACCGAGACGACCGAGACCACCCAGACGACCGGGACAACCGAGACCACCCAGACGACCGAGACAACCGAGACCACCCAGACGACCGAGACAACCGAGACCACCCAGACGACCGAGACAACCGAGACCACCCAGACGACCGAGACAACAGAGACGUGCGAGACGGAAGAGAACAAAGGCACACCGAGAGACGUUAAACCGAACGUGGAAAUGACGGAGGAGCGGUGGGCGGGAUCGGAGGGUGGUGCCAACAGCGGCGGCGGCGGCAGUGGCGACGGCAGAAACGCCAGCAGCAUCGCGGCGACCGCCGUCGCUGCCGAGGCUGUGGACGUCCCGGACGAUGAGGACCGCGAAGAGGAUGACGACGAGGCCGACGAUGACAUGGAGGAUGACGACGGAGACGAGAUGUCGGAGCGGAGCGGGGAAUCUGACGCCCCGGGGGUGCCGUCGAUGCGUGCGGUGCACCACAGGGUGGACACUGAUGAGCAAGGCGAUGAGAACAGGGACUCGGAUGGAGCGGACGAUCUGGAGGGCUACCCGCUGGGCACGCGGCUCCAGGUGAAGUACGGCCGCGGCAAAACGCUCAAGGUGUACGAGGCGAGCAUCCGCAAACGUGGCGUCGAGGCCGGGGAAAUCAUCUACCUUGUGCACUACUUUGGCUGGAAUAGCAGGUAUGACGAGUGGAUUAGGGCCGACAGGAUUAUUCGGCCCAUUGAUAAGAAUGUUCCCAAAAUAAAACAUAAAAAGAAAAUAAAGCACAAGCAUGACAAGGAGGAAGAGAAGGGGGGCGAAAAGCAAGAAGAAAAGGCCCUCACGCCGGCACGCCGCGGACGCCCUCCUUUACACGCAGCCAAUCGCGUGCCGGGGUCCGGUGUCACGAGGACCCCCUCGAGGACCCUGGGCAGUGGCGGCCGUGGCAGUGCCCGAAGCACUCGCAGCACGCCAACGUGGGACUCGCCCAGUGAUACGUCGGAAGGACAUUUGAGGAGGCAUCGUGGACGUCAAACCGCUACAGAAUCAGAGAAAGGCUCAAAUGACUCGGGGAGCUCCAUGGAUGACAGCGAGACGGAGGAGGAUUAUUCCACGACUGGCUCAGUGUCGCAGGAUGGCGGCGGAAGCCGCAGCUCCCGUGGGCCCUCGGAGGGCGGCCCCCACAGAGCCCGCUACGCCGAGGAUGGCGCCAGCGCGGCCUCCAGCGAAGCCGGCACCGCCGCGACGGACGCCCGGGGGUCGAGCGCCGAGAGCGCGAACGCCAAUCGCACAGAGGAGGAGGAGGAGGAUGACGAUGAUGAGGACGAGGAGGAGGUGAUUACCGCCGAGGUGCGCACGCAAGUCCCGGCCUUGAACUGCGCCUGCUCCGAGGCUGAGCCGACGGAGGUCGUGGAGAAAGCCGAUCCGUCUGACGAGCCGGCUGUGAAAAACGAAGUUGAGGUCGAGGCAGAGAGCGAAACACAGGAAGAGAAGGUGCCGGAAAAGGUGCAGGAGAAGGCGGAGGAAGAAAGUGACGUAAGGGCUCUUGACAUUGAUGAUGCCCCUGAUGCUCCGUCCCUCACGGAGGACGAGAACAGCGUCGCGCUCACUGAAACGUCGGCCCAGGUCGUGUCUGCCAAGGGUCAAGAAGAAACUGAAUCUGAGGUUGCGGCAGCCAAAUGUGAAAAAGAAGAGGAUUUGGAAUCGAAGCUGCUGUGCCGCGAGGAGUUUUCUGACAUUUUGGACGACAAGCGGGACAGCGAAGAUGAGCGAGCUCCGUGUAAAGAGGAGGCCGUUCAGAAGAAGACUCCAAAGGAGGAAAGGAGGGGGAAAAGGAAAACGGAUCAAAGCACAGUUGCCAAAAACCCCGUCAAGAAACCUCGAGGGGCUAACCUGGACGAUGAGAAAGUGAACCGCAACAGCAUUCCAAGUGAAGAUGCCAAGAUGCCGCUCUUGGAGGAGGAAAGGGAAAAUGUCUCCGAUCCGAGUGAUGUCGGGCCGGAGAAGCCGCCAGAAUCGGGAGUGGACGAGAGCCCUCCGAAACUCAACAAGGCAGGCGGCGGCGCCAAGGCAGCCGACCAAACGGCACAGGCGAAGCAAGUGACCUCGCUGUCCUGCGUGAAGAAAGCGUGCGCCGAGGAGAAGCAGGCGGGGGAAGAGAGUGGCGUGGGCGCGGACGCCGCUUGCCCGUCGUUGCCGGUUUCUCCUGCUCACGUGCGGGGAAGCUCCCCGCCGAAGAAGCGUGUGUUUGUGUCGCUGCCUCAGUGCGGCGUGCUGGGCCUCUCGGCUGGCCAGGACUCACCCCUAGAUGUCGUUGGCGACGAGAAGGACAGCGUGGAUGAACCCCGGGCGGACGACAAGGUCACCACGGAGGUGGACACGCCCGGCGUGAUGGUUACGGAGUCGUCCUCCACCAACGCUCACGAACCCGAGGCUCAAAUCGAAGACGCUGUAGACGUCAAAGAAAGCGUCGACGGUGUAUCUGAGAGCGCGGGGACUCGGAAAUCCGACGAGCCCUUAAUCGCGGCACAGGAUGAAACAAGCGCUCCGAGUUCCGCCUGCGCAGACGAGCAAGAGCAGACCACUGACGAAGACAGCAAAAACUCUAGCGGCGGCACUGAACCCGAGAGCCGCAGCGACGCAGCCGAGAAUGAGAAGGAAGACUCGAGUCCCACGAAUGACCAAGAGGCCGGUAAGCAGAACUGGGAGGUCCGGGAGGACAGCGGCUUCACCAGCGCCGAGGCGGAGACAUCCCCGUCGGCUGACGCAAGCGCAGCCGUGCCCGCAGUCGUGCCCGCAGUCGCUGUCUCGACGGCUCCAUCUCCCGUGGCGUCCCCGGCAGCCGUGGUGGUGGUGGCGGCGGCAACGGAGACAGCGGGGCGCCCGCGGGAGGCGUCCCCCCCGCCACCGCCGGCACGCGAGACGACGACGACGACGACGAUGGGCACGUCGUACGGGCGACGCGACGUGACCGGUGCCAGCUCCAGCUCGAGCAACACUCCCGAGCCAGAGCCACCACAGAGAGAAGUGCUGCGCGGCGAAGUCGUGAGCUUCAAGCCUUCGUUUCACCAAGUGGACGCUGUGCCCCGGGGCGGGCCAGCCACGUGGGGCAUCUCCGUGCGCAUGGGCUCCAGGCGGCGGGUGUACGUCGCGGGACAGAAGCGCGCCAAGGUUGGCGCUGCUGCAGCUGCCGCUGCGGCUGCCUCCGUCGCCGCCGCCAAAAAGCCGCGACUGAGCCCGAAGCACACGAGGAACAGCCCGAGAACGGAGCGCCACAGAGUCGGCCAGAGCAGCGACAGCGAGGAGCUGCCGCAGAACGAGCCGAUGGGGGGCAAGAGCGCGGCGUCGCAUGGCAAGCACGCGGCCGCCGGCGCGACGAGCAGGAGCACGCGAGCCGCGCGCUCUCCCCCGGGGGGCUCCCCGCCAUCCCUGCCGCUGGCAGGGACCCCCCACGGCCGAUCGGGCGGUGAACGCGGGGCCGGGGAGAGGGUGGGACGACCGCCGCGCCUCAGCCUCCAGAUCGAACUGGUGGGGAUGAGCGGUGCGGAGAGGAUCUCGUUCCUGCAGGAGCGCCUGCAGGAGAUCCGCACGUACUACCUGUCCCUCAAGACCGAGGUGGCCACCAUCGACCGGAGACGCAAGAAGCUCCGCAAGAGGGAGCGCGAGGCUACGAAGUCACUGACGUCAUCCGAAUCGUGCACAGGAUCCCUGUCACCGGCCCGGCCUGCCCUGGCGUUUGAGCUCAGCUCGUAGCCGCGGCGUGUCGUCGCUGGGAUAUGCGAAAGGAACAAAAAACUCUUUAGAAGUGACCGUAUCAAACGACGACAGCAACAACUAUAUCCAUAUCUAUGUGUGUGUGUGUAGCACUUCGGGUGCGUGGUUCGUUGUUGCCAGAGAUGGUUAUCAGUGCCGUGGAUUCUUUCACGGAACGUGCUGGAAAGUUAAGUUAAGGUUCAGAACAGCCAGUUCAUUAAAAUGUGACGGUGAUAAUGCUACGUCUUCAUAUCGCGCUCAUGACGCCGGGGGUGCCACCGGGAGCGCUUUACAUCCACGUCUAAUUUAAAACAUUUGAAAGAGGGGACCCCCCCACCAGUGGCAGCUGUGUCCCCUUGUGGGCACAAGGUGACUUCAGCACCUGGCUUGCAAACGGGCAUUAGUCUGCCAAGUAUGAGGGCGAUGAUUGCUUUGUGUAAUCCCAAUCGCGGUAGGUGGCAGAGAUGAAUUCAAAAGGGAGCGUUGUUGUGGGCGUCUGUGUACGUGCGUGGUGUGUGUGUGUGCGUGUACGUGUGAUGUGUAUGCCAUGUGCAUUCUUCAGAGAAGGUGGUGCAAAUAAGCAAACAGCCUUCAGCCAACGACAACCUGUUUCACCCGGUAUGAAUAUGGCUGUCCCAACUAAGAGCGCGGAACAAACGGUGACGCAAAAGCUGUGCAAAGCAAAAAAAAGGCCCCUUUCCCUGGUUAAUGCCACUGUGCGAAGGCUUUUUAAAUAAAAUGUGACAUUUUUAUCACGGUGGAACAAAACGGCCACGCAAGUGUUUAGUUGGUGCUCUGUCGCCUUCGAAACGUUCCAUUGCGAGCGGUUCUUUGUGUUCGUGUGCACCUUUUGCAACUGCCAUGUUUGAUUUUAGUGGGGGAAAAAAACAAGGCAAAGUGUGUCUUCCUGAUUACGGUGUGUUUGUAUAUGUAUACAAUAUGUAGCUUGGGGUAAAGCGUUAUGGCAGCUUCGUAGCCUUACCCGAAGACGAAACUUAAACCAAAAGUGUGCACACUGCGAUUUCGGACGGCACCCAUGGAACAUUUUACACGCAUUAAAGUAUGGAUUCUUAUACACUAUUUAUACCCUAGUAUUUAUACAAACCAGUCUGGAAGCUAAUUAUAUGAACCUUACAUUUCUGAGGCUUACAAAUUUGGUUAAAUAUAGAUAGUUUGGGAAAUUAAAUGACACAUCACAAAAUCCCGCGUGUUAAAUGAAAUGCGUUUUGGUUGCUUGAUGCACUGAGAUUCAGAAUUGUUUUAAAAAGUUUGUUGAAUUUUUUUAAAAUAUCUAAAGUGCCACUGACCAUUUUGGCUUAGUCUUAAUGUGUUGCCUCUUUUGCAAUUAAGACCAAAUAGCAGAAUAUUUAACAGAAUAGUAUUUUUCCCAUAAUCCAUGAGCCUAAUGUUCAAAGCAUGUGUUUUUAUCCUAAGUUCUCAAAGCCAUAAUUCAUCCCGUUGUUUACGUUGUUCCAAAGCUUGGAUUUGUUCAUUAAAAUAACACGCAAUUUAUCAUGUACUGCAGUAGAUUGUAGUCCGAACGUAUGUAGGCUUUUUUUAAACAUGUACUUUUUAAUCGUACAGAGUACCUGCUUACAAGUACCGAUACUUCACCAUCAACCCGUGUGCGUUCGUGUAAGCGUAGGAAUUUUGGGGAGUGAAAUGGUGACAAUGAAGUGCUCAUAAGUAGAUCAAUUAAUUUAUGAAAUUGUAUUUUUUAGCAGUUUAUUUUUUUGCGGUCCUCAGAGCCUGCUGGGUCUUUUCGCGACGCGUUAUUUGAAUGCACUGUCGGCCUCUCAGAUUCGUAACGACGUGCCGCGUCUUAGGGCAUCCGGGUUGGUGCAAGGUGCCAUCGGCAAACGAACCUAGUCAGGACACCGCAGCUAUUUUGCGAAAACCCAAAACGUUACCAAAAAAUAACACACAACUCAGAUUGUUUGCAUUACCAGGGUUCAUUACUACCAACGAUGCUUUAUAAAUGCAUCGUUAAUCCUUACAAAACCCAAAGUUCGCUGCAUUUCAGUCACGGUAAGCCGAUAAGGAGUGGCAUAUGCACGGUCUCUACAUUUCUGUCUGGUUUUCGUCGUGUUCUGCUCCGUUGGUGUUACUGAACCAUCUCUUGGUUUUAUCACCCCAAGGUGCAUUUUCCGUUCUUCUACAGGGUCCGGCACUUCGAGUGACUAUCAGAACCACACGCCAUGCCACCCAUCCCUUUUAUUAUCUGAAAACCGGCCUGAAAGCAAUUAUUUUGAUACGUAUAAAAAUAAAAACAAAAAAAAUUAAUUCUACAAAAUUUAUGACUUGAAAAUGUUUCUCUUUCCACGGAGAAAUGGUUUGAUACAUUUAUUAAAAAAAAGUUAUGAGAGAUGUAAAUGAACAUUUUAACUUGCCUGCGGUGAAAUCUACUAUAACGCAUAUUUAUUCUAAUAACGGUAUACGUGUGUUGUUAGUGGUAGGGAUUUUUUUCAUGAUGCUGUGCCGAGUAUUAUGUGGCUUUUUUCAGGUUCUUCCAUGUCUUAGUAUUGCAUGUCCGCUUGUGCAUGAAGCGCCAUAGAGAGAGGUGGUUGAACAUAGCCGGUUUUCACAUCGUGUUGUGGACAAAGCCUGAACUAUUCUGACAUCAGUUAAUGCAAAAAAAAAACCAUUGUACUUAAUCGAUGUGCCCAAGUCAUAGUUUUCAAAUAAAACUAUACUUAAUCAUACAAAAGAUUUCAAAGAGGCCAAGUGGGGUAUAUAUGACUUGUAAAUAAUAGUUUAAACUAGAUUUUUUGUAAAAGGCCGGACGUCCAAGAUUGCAUUCAUAACAUAUUUAUCUAAAUGUUGCGUCUGUUUCGAUUACGGCAUGACAUAACAACUGGGGAACUCCCAGAAAACGUUUUUUCAAUAAAUUGCCUUCCCAGUAAAAAAAAUACACUUGCAAAGUAGACACGAAUGCAAUGGUAUAGAUUGAGGGCUUUUGUUAACAAUUCGAGCAGGCAAAGGCAUGAGAACGUAAGGUCGUUAAAUUUAGUGGCGAGUCUGUGCUGUAUACAGACGGACACGUGCUUGAGAUGAUGCCUGCAGUGAACAGACUUAAGGAACCGUGGGACGUUUUGAUUUUUUUGCAAGCAGGUUUAUUAUAGCCAAGACAAAAAAAAUGUUCACGUUUUUGUACUAUCAUUGUAUACUGUGAUUUUGAUGGAAUUUCGUUGCUAGUUUUUUUUUAACUGGUUUUGGUUCAUUUUUUUUCAUCGCGUACGAUUUUCAGGUCUUUAAUGAUACAAGCAUUUGUUUUCCUUCCAUGGUGCGUACAGAAGAAGAGAUCCGCAAUGGUACUUAAGCCAGACCUUUUAAUCUUUGAAAAUGCAGUUUGUAAACGAGUUUUAACGGUGCGUGUACUCGAAUGAAGAGAUAAUGGGAUUGUUUCAUUUGCAGUCGGCGCUUGCCAACAUGCUUUCUCAUGCCUAGUCUCCCUCAUGGGAGAUGACAAGAGUGUCUUUAUAGCUGAUUGUACCAUUUCCUCUGAAGCCACGGGCCAGAAUUGUGACUUUUGAGCCAAUGAGAAAGAAAUGUUGUGCCUCUGUAGAAUGCGAAGUCGCAGAGUGUUGUGAUCCGUUUGUAUUUAAAGAGUGGGGGCGGGGGGGGGGAGUUUAUAUAUGGUAGGUGAUUGAAACAAUACUGUAAUUGCAGUGCAAUAGGCUUUUGUUCAAGAGAGAAUGAUAUUAAGUCACACAUCGUGGGCUCUGGCAUAUUGUUUGAGCAAAUAAAAUCAGCAAUAUGCAGCACCGCAAUGUAUUUUAAAUAAACAUGUACAGUAUAAACCAGCAGACGAUGGACAUUUGCAAAAAAAAAACCCAAAACGUUGUAUUUUUAUGUACAUUAUGACAUAUGAACCGAAUGUGCAUUUGAAACAAUCCUUGUUGUAAUCAGUGUUUCGACUUUGAAUGGUUGCUAUAUUAAAUGUGGUUCGCCCCCCAAUGCGACAAAGUAAUCAGCUUGGGACGUGUUGUUUUGCUGUCGUUGAGAUGAACGCAUUAAUUUAGUAGAUUCUAGUAACGUUUUCUCUGCAGCGUACGACAUAUUUGUAACGAGCGUAGGUUCAUAUUAAGCACAAUACAUAUAAUUUUUAAAAAAUACAUACAUUUAUAAUUCCUGCUGUAAUCGGGAAUAGCUUAACUUAUCAGUACACGAAAUAAAAAAAAGAACGAGAUGA